AUGGGUGUCGACGACUAUACCGAUUUCUCGGGGGAUGCGGAGCUCGGUGGCGAAUUUGCCUUCAACGAGAAGACCAUUCGGCUGGGAUUCAUCAGGAAGGUGUACAGCAUCCUGAUGCUGCAACUCCUGGUGACAUUUGGCUUCAUUGCACUAUUCCUCUAUAAUCAUGACAUCAAAUUGUAUGCUCAGCAUCAUCCGGAAAUGUGGUGGAUCGCGUUUGGACUCAUAAUCGUCUGCAUCAUCUCUCUGGCCUGCUGCGGAGAGGUUCGUCGCAAGGCCCCGUGGAAUUUCAUCUUCCUUGGGGUCUUCACCCUCGCCGAGAGCUUCUUGCUGGGGGCGGCGGCAAGCACCUACGACUCGGAGGAGGUCUUCAUCGCCGUCGGGAUCUGCNCCUACGACUCGGAGGAGGUCUUCAUCGCCGUCGGGAUCUGCGCCGUCGUCUGCCUGUCCCUCACGCUCUUUGCGUUCCAGACCAAAUUCGAUUUUACGGGAUGGGGUUCCGCUCUCUUCGUGGCUCUCAUCGUCCUCCUCGUCUUUGGGAUCGUCGCCAUCUUCAUUCCCGGCAAGGUCGUCGGACUCGUCUACGCGUCGUUGGGUGCCCUCAUCUUCUCCAUGUACCUCGUUUACGACACCCAGCUCAUGAUGGGCGGCUCGCACAAGUAUUCCAUCUCGCCCGAAGAAUACGUCUUUGCCGCCCUCAACUUGUACUUGGAUGUCGUUCACGUUGCCGUGAAGUGCGCCGGCGUGAAUGCGGCCGACGUCCAGGGCAUCGACGGGCGGGACAAGUUGUAUCCGGGGUUGCUCAAGCCUCCGUUCGUGCCGGGUUACGAGAUCUGCGGGGAGGUGGUCGGGACGGGGAAGAAGGUGGAGGGGCUCCACGUGGGGGAUCGGGUGAUCGGGCUCGGGAAGGAGGGUCUCGGGGGGUUUGCGCAGCACUGCGUCUUGCACGCCAAGGUGGGUCCUCGAGGUGGAGGCGGGGGUCGGACGGGGGUUGACUGGUGCUUUUUGCAGGACUGUUGGAAGAUCGACCAGGGCGUCAAGUUCGAGACGGGGGCGUCGCUGCUGGACUCGUACGUCACGGCGUGGAUCGCCUUCAAUCACAGAGCGCAUCUCAAGGACGGGCAGACGGUUUUGAUCUCUGCCGCGGCGGGAGGCCAUGGGUUGGCUGCUCUCGACAUCGCUGCGAAUGUGUUCAAGAGCAAGGUGAUAGGGUUAUGCGAAACGGAAGAAAAGGCUUCCCUCGUGAGGGACAUGGGUGCAUGGAGUGCCCUGACUUUCCACGAUAGUCAUCUCAAGAAGAAAGUGAAGGAGGUGACCGACGGCAAGGGGGUCGAUCUUUUCUUCGACGGUGUCGGAGGAGAGGUAUUUUCUGCUUCUUCGCGGUGCGUGAGGCACGAAGGGAAGAUCAUCCUGAGCGGUUCGGCUGCUCGUAACAUCACGAAACUGGAGCCAAAGACACUGCUGAAGAAAGCCAUCUCUCUGACGGCAGUUUCUCUGACUCACUAUCGGAUCGAAGCACCUGAGCUUUAUCGCCAAGCCUGUGAGGAAGUCUUGGACCUGUUCAGCGAGGGUUUGAUACGCCCUCUCAUCUCGGAACAUUUUGAAUUCGAGGAUGUCAAUAAGGCCCUGGAGCGUGUGAGAGGGGGAGGCUUUGCUGGAAGUGUCAUUCUUCACUUCAAAUGACAACAUGUUGGACUAGAUAGUUGCUAACUUUUUCUGUUGAAUGUCUGAAUUAUAUUUGGUACUUGAAAAAUAAAUUUGAUUGCAAAAGAA